AUGCUAGACAAAGUAAAAGAGGAUGCGAUUUUGCAGAGCGCCCUUCAAAUAUGUCUGAGGAAGGAGGAGGCGAGCACCACCAAGGUGCACCUAGAGUCGUACGAAAAGGAAUUGAUCGAAACGGAAAAAGAGAAGAAGCCACCAUUUUUUUUACAGAUAGAAAACUUAUAUUUUAUCCUGCUACACAAAAUAGCGUACCUGCAUAAGCAGAAGAAGAACUGCCUAACUUAUUUGUGUUCCUGUUCAUCUAGGUUGUCAGAUAAAACACUCUUCAAACAUCUACAGCUGGAGAGUAAACAGCUAGAAGAUGUAACGAAUGAGAUAAACAAUCAGCUAAUCAAUAGUGUAAUAAUUUAUUUGGAAAAUCUAGAGGUGUACCCAGAGGUAAACAUCCCAGUAAAAGAACGGGUUAACACCUUUUAUGAAUUCCUGAAGGAUUCAUGCACCUCUCGUUUCUUAAAAAAGCUUCUGCUUGCCAUUGAGCAGAAUGAUAAGAAUGAAGAAAAAGAGGAGGAUAAACAACUGAAUAAAUUUUUUACCCCCAUUGUGGAUCUCAUUUUCGAAAAUUUGAAUGGAAGAAAUUUGGUCUAUCCGAAAAAUGAUGUGGCUGUGUUGUUAAAGUUUCUCUCCAGCUUUAAGCAAAUUGCGGAACAUAUAAUUUAUAGUAAGUCGAUCUUUUUGCAUCUCAAUUUGAGGGACAAGAUAAGGGACUGUGCUUUGUCCGGGGUGGAGGGCGCUACAGGGGAGGCUGCAAUUUCUACAACCCAUGGAGGGUUCGCCCCAGAAAAACCAUGUAGCAAGGAUAAGGAAAUAAACUCGUGCGGGUAUAACCUCCAACUGAAUAGCCUCCUGGGGAGAUUAUUAUCCCCCACCGUUAUAACCAUGCCAAAUGUGACGAACAAGGAGGAAAUUGCUAUGUAUAAAUAUUUCUACAACAGUGCAACAAAUUCACUGAAUAAGAUGACCUUGGGUGCUUUGAAAAAUACGUAUGUCAUGCUGAGGAGGGACACGGACUGGAUUCUGGAGAACUGCGUGGAAAUUAUAAAAAAUUUACUUAAGGGAAGUGCCGAAAGCAAGAAGCGAGUCCUCCUAUGGCUAGCUUGCAUUAUCAUUUCGAAUGAGAAGAAGACGAAAAUUAUGUACCACUAUUCGACAUACCCCCAAUCGUUAGACGCAUCAUACGGGUUGUUUUUAAAAUUGUUAGGAGAGAAUUCCUACGGCUUUUGCCUGAACAUGUUUUGGGUUCUCCUCUGUCUGUGUGAACCCAUCACGAUGAACAAGAUCAGCGACUUUGACUUGUUCUUCUUCCUGAGGGAUGAUCCUUUCUCUAAAUUUCUGUUAAAAAAUAUAACCAACCAAUCUUCCUUUGAGGAAAAAUCCAACGUAGAGAAGAUAAAGGAAAAAGUAAAAAAUGCAGAAUGUUUUAGAAAGGAACCUAAAUUUAUAACAUCCAUCUUUUGGAUCACCUUUAAGUCUCUCAGUGUCUUCUUCAAACCAGCCAUUGAUGAGUUUAUCAGGAUUGUGCAGGAAGUUCCAAAUGCAAAGGAUAAGAAUUUUUACUAUAUGAAUAUACAUACGUGGAAGAUUUUUUUGUACAGCUCUCGUUUUAUUCAGCUGUUAUUUAAGUUCUUGCAUCUGAGCAUAGCGUACUUUUUGCACGUGGCAUAUUUGUACGACAUGGAAGGGAAUGCCUGCAUGGAUAUGAUGAACAGUUUGAGUGAGCAUAAUGGGAACUUCACCCACCUGGUGCUGAAGUCGUGUCCUCCUCCCAAUGAGAGGAAUUACUUUAGGAGGGGUAAGACUUUUGGUAGUCUCUCCCUUGGCGCGAAUGUGCCAGAGGGCCAAGUGGAGGAACCACAGGAAGGUGCCGAAAAGCGAGAUGAGGAGGACAGACGUGCGGAAUUACCACAGGGAGAUGGGUGGACGGAUGGAGCACAGGGACAAUCAGGAAGUGAUAACUUAGGGAGGAAUCCCCAUGAUGGGGAUGACCACCUUUUUGCAUCGCCCCAGUUUUCCAUCAUCCCGACUUUUUUCCUAAAUGAUAUAUUUGACAUAAUCUACUUGUUGUACGAAUUGGACACAUUUAAAAGUCCAGGGAAUGAAAAUUUCCUGAGUUACCUAAACGUGGACUUGUUUCUAGCCUUUUGCAUUUUCACCAUGCUGAGCGAGAACCACAUAAAGAGCAUCCACCUCAGGUGCGAAGCCGCUCCGAAGACGUUCACCUACCUGUACAGAAGUGACAACAUGAAAAAAAUUAUAGAAGAAUCUGAUUUGACGAGGAAGUAUAUAAUAAAAUCAUUGACGUAUGUUUUUAUUGCGUCUCAAAAGGGGGAGUAUACGGAAAGGAUGCAAACUAGGGUUCGCAUCGUGGAAAAUUUUAACAGCCUAUUUCUGAACCAGAUUUAUGUGGAUCAGUUUACACAGCUGGUUAUCAAGAACAAUAAUUUGUUCGUGCACUUGAUUCAUUUGCUAUUGAACGAUGUAAACUUUUUGGUGGAGGAGGUGGUCUCUUACUUGUCUGAGAUUAAGCGUCGGGAGGAUAAGAAGAGGGACGACCAGGAGCGGGGGGACACCUCCACUGUGGGGGGGACAACCAAUACGGGCACCGGAGGAAGUUCAAAUACCUACGCCAACGCAACACGCAACAGUAGGGUGUCGAAUGCUAGUGCUAGUAGUGCUUUGAACCCCUACGGAGGAAGCGAUUUGGAAGACAGUGCAGCUAACAUGAACGAUUCGUACAACAGUGACAACAGUGAUAAUGAGGACGGAGGGGGAGGCAACGUCGGAACGGACAUAACGAAUGAAAGCAUGAGAAAUUUAGCAGCCAGGACUAAGAUGAUUAUUACCUACUGUUACAAGUCUUGCAUUUUUUUAAAUCUUCUUUGUAAGAAUUAUCCAAACAGUAUUGUCACGUCGAAUACGAUUCUUUCGCAAAUAGUUACCUGUCUGAAUUGUUACUUCGAUUAUCUGGUCGGACCAAAGUGUUUAAACAUAAAGGUGAAGAACAUGGAACAGUAUAAUUUUAGGCCCCAAUUGUGGCUCACCAGUAUAGUGGAAUCGUACCUCUUUUUACUAAACUCGGAUAAAAAGAAUGAGGAGCUACUUACCAGAGAAAUCGCUAACGAAGGAAGGUACUACAAGCCAGAGGUAUUCAACAAGGCUUACUACAUAUGCAAGAGGGAAGGACUACUACGUAAAGAGGACUUGAAUAAAUUUAAAAAUUUCUGUCAACAAAUAAUCGACAUGAAGGAUGAAGUAGAAUUGUUUGACGACGUAGAUGAUAUACCGGAUAAAUAUUUGGAUCCGAUUUUACAAGACAUUAUGUUAGAUCCCGUUUUGCUACCCACAUCUGGCAUUGUCAUUGAUCGGAAGAAUAUUGAGAGGCACCUGAUGAGUGAACCCAAUGAUCCCUUUAACCGAGCACCCCUCAGCAAGGAACAGCUCGUACCCAUGCCAGAACUGAAGGAGGAAAUUCACAAAUUUAUUAACCAACUGAAGCAGGAGAAGAAGAAGAAGAAAAUGAAGCUGCUUGAGUUGGAUGCCCAAAGUGAAUCCAUCGAGAAGGAGGGGUUUCUAGGAAAUGAAGACGACCAGCAGGUUGAAUCAGUGAACGAGGGGGGUACACAGAAGGACGAGCAGGAAUGA